AUGCAUCUUAUACUUUCUCUUAUUCUCGUAGUAUGUCUGAGCUACGAAGUGUUAGCCGCUCCAUCAGGCUUACUUCGACCUGUUCGAAAAAGCAGGUCCUUCCGCGUUGAACGGGUCAAACGCAGCAACUAUGUGCGUGAUGGAUCUACCGCUAUUCGCAAAGCAUAUCGCAAAUAUGGGAUCUCAGCUUCUCAAAUGGACGGCGGAGGUAUGGAUGAUUUCGAGCCAUUCUUCGGUGGCUUUGGCGGAUUUGGUGGCAAUGGACAUCAGAGCUCUUCAACUUCAUCAAGCAGCAGUGAUAGCUCGACCGAUUCAGACCAGGAGGGAACAGUCACUGCUACGUCGGUGGAGGGUGGAUCUGAAUUUGUGUCACCCGUUGUGAUUGGUGGUCAGAAUAUUACACUGGACUUUGAUACUGGGUCUGCAGAUAUGUGGGUUAUGAACACCCUUCUUUCAUCCUCGGCGACAAAAGGCCAUGAGACCUAUGACCCCGAGAAGUCUAGUACCUUCCAAUACGUGAAUGGGGAGUUCGAUAUCUCUUACGGAGACAGUUCCUCUGCGGCUGGCUACCUAGGUCAAGAUACAGUUAACAUCGGCGGAGCGAUUGUUAAAAAUCAGGUCUUUGGUCUCCCAGUCGAAGUGUCCAGUGAAUUCAUCGAGGAUACAAGCUCCAACGGACUGGUUGGACUUAGCUUUUCAUCACUGAACAGCUUCGAGCCAGGUCCUCAGAAGACCUUCUUCGAUAAUAUCGCAGCAGAACUUGAAGAACCGGUCUUCACAGCUCGUCUGCGUAGCGACGGAGUCGGCGAGUAUGGAUUCGGCAAAAUCGAUCACAGUUUGUAUACCGGAAUAAUGGCGAAUAUUAGUAUCGAUUCAUCGGCUGGAUUCUGGCAGUUUGAUUCAACUCAAUACGCUGUUGGGUCGGGGGCUACGCGCGAAAUAACCAAUGUCACAGCUGCUAUUGCUGACACUGGUACCACGCUGUUGCUGCUUAGUCCGGAUGUCGUUGAAGUGUAUUAUGAGGCGGUCAAAGGAUCCUCUUAUUCGAGUAGUGUGGGUGGAUACAUUUAUCCAUGCUCUGUCGAUUUGCCUAAUUUGACUCUGGGGAUGGGUUCAUCGUUCAAGGCGGUUGUUCCGGGAUCAGUGUUGGAGUAUGCUGAAGUUGGUACUAAUAAAACGUCGGGUGAAACGAUGUGCUAUGGUGGUGUACAAUCAUGUUCUGGAUCCGACUUCCAGAUCUUUGGUGAUAUGUUCUUGAGGUCAUAUUAUGUUGUUUUCGACAAGCGUGGCCCAUCUUUGGGCGUUGCAACUCAUACGUGA